AUGCAGCGGGCCCAGGCGGCGUCCGGAGGAGACCCACCCGGGGCCGAGUUCCCAAUGGAGCCCUUGGGAAGCCAGGUCGCGGGGCUAGAGCAGCCGCAGGUGCCCGCAGAGGAGCGACGGCUCGAGAGUCCCGAGAGCAGCCCGAGUCUGGCCCGCGCCCUAAAGGAGGCGACGGGCGCGGGCCAGGACCUCUCCGGCGGGAAGAAGCUGCCCCCGCCUCGCCCGGCGCUCCUGCGGCUCCCGGCCCCCAGCCUCGGCUACGGCGCCUUCCGCCGCCAGGCCUCCGCCGGCUCCGAGCCGCCGUCGCCCGGCCCCACCGCGGCCGAGCAGCUCCGGGCCGGCGAGGCGCCGGGGGCCGAGCUGGCGCCGGGGGAGCCGCCGCAGGGCACCUGGGCCCCGGUGGAACUGCAGGUGGACGUGCGCGUCAAGUCCGUGGGCGUGGCGGGGGGCAGCCGCGCGCCCUCGCCGGCGCCGUCCCCGCGCUUCCUCACCGUGCCGGUGCCCGAGUCCCCGGCCUUCUCCCGCCACGCCUUUCCCGCCCUCCCGCUCCUGCCGCGGACCCCCGCCCGGCCGGAGCGCGGCCUCGACGCCGAGGGCCGGGCGAGCCCCGCCGACGGGCGCUCGGAGCCCCCGGGCUCCCCCACGUGCCGCGGCCGCUGCAGGGACCUGGGGCUGGAGAAGGAGGAGGACGCCGCGCUGCUGCACCGCGCCGAGACGGGCGGCGACGAGAAGCUGCCCCGGGCCAUAAAGCUCAUAGGGCUCCCUCUGUACAUGAAGUCCCUGCGCUGGGCCCUGGCGGUCAUGGCUGUGUUUCUGGCCGUGUCUGCAGUUGCCAUCGUGGCCCUGGCUUCUAGAGCAGGGAUCAGGUGCCGGCCAUGCCCCCAAGGCUGGAUGUGGUCCGAGGAGCACUGCUACUACGUCUCUACCGAAGCCCAGGCCUGGGAGGCCAGCCAGGCGUUCUGCUCAGCUCACCAGGCUACCCUCCCACUGCUGAGCCACACACAGGACUUCCUGAGCAGAUACCCAGUCACCAAGUACUCCUGGGUGGGGGCCCGGCGAGGCCCCCAGGGCUGGCGCUGGAUCGACGGGGCCCCACUAUCACCCCCGCUACUCCCAGAGGAAGAGGAGGACCAGCCGGAUCUCAAGUGUGGGGGCCUGGAGGGAGGCAAGCUGGUAGCUUUGGACUGUGCCUCUCCAAGACCAUGGGUCUGCGCCAGGGGGACCAAGUGA